GGGCCGGGGGAGCCUUGGGCCGGGGCGGCGGCGGCGGCGGGCGGGCGCGUGGCCGGGCCGGCAACGAUGAGCGGGGCCGGGGCUGCGCCGGGGACGGCGGGCGCGGUUCGGGGUCUCCGGGUGGAGGGGCUGCCCCCGCUGCCCAAGAGCCUGAGCGGGCUCCUGCACUCGGCGUCGGGCGGCGGCGCGUCGGGGGGCUGGCGGCACCUGGAGCGGCUGUAUGCGCAGAAGUCGCGCAUCCAGGACGAGCUGAGCCGCGGGGGCGCGGGCGGCGGCGGGGCUCGGGCCGCGGCGCUGCCCGCCAAGCCUCCCAACCUGGACGCCGCGCUGGCUCUGCUCCGCAAGGAGAUGGUUGGCCUCCGACAGCUGGACAUGUCCUUGCUCUGCCAACUGUACAGCCUCUACGAGUCCAUUCAGGAGUAUAAGGGAGCGUGCCAGGCAGCAUCCAGCCCAGACUGCAAUUAUGCUCUGGAGAACGGCUUCUUCGAUGAAGAGGAGGAAUAUUUCCAGGAGCAGAACUCCCUCCACGAUGGGAGGGAACGCGGCCCUCCGAGGGACCUGUCACUGCCCGUCUCCCCCCUCUCCGGCAGCGACUGGAUUCUGGAGUCCCUCUAAAGCAUCUCAGGAGGGAGGCGACUGUUACUGCCGGACACACCGUCAACAGUUGCUUCUCCUCUUGCAAGAAAGCUCCUCUGGCCUCCACUGUGGGUGGUCCUCAGGCAUGUGGGAUGAGUGCUGCCAGUUUACUUUGUAGGCAGGCAGAUGUCCGUGGACACAUGGCGGCAGUCUGUUCUGAUGGCUGGAGUUUCUGCUCAGGCGAUCUAGAGGUGCUCAGCAUUGUCUUUGACACCCUGGAACUGAGGACUCCUGGUGAGGAUUCCUAAUGAGAAUAGAACAAGGGGGGUUCUGGAGAAGACCUUUUUGGGUAUUUUGUGCGAGACAGUUUUGAGCUAGUUCCUUCCUUCUGGAUCGUAGGUGAUCUCACACCCUCUUUGUUGUAGGCUUUGCCUCCAGCUUGCAAUGUGUCACAACUAACUUUCCCCUUCUCCCCUUCCUCCAUACAUUCUGUGGCCUUUCUUGCUGUUUCAUGAGCUUUUAAGCCUCUUGGCUGAGUUUUAUUUGUUCGUAAGCUACAUUCCUAACUGUCCAGGUGACUCCGUGAAAGCUUUUUACUGGAAAAGUCAACAUUUCAGGUCACACCAAUCAACUACAUUCUCUUAAGCUGUCAAAAAAAUUUAUAUCAUUCUUUGUCCAUCAGAUAGAGGAGGAAGGAAGAUAAUACAAAGAUUUUUUGAGUGGGGAAAAAAAAAACUGGGGCAAGCUGGUGUUUUGUAUAAUUCUCUGUAAGAUGGCAACGUUUUUGUUUUUAAAGAUUCUGAAUGUACACUGGUAUGUUAGAAAGCAAACUCCUCCAUUCAAAACAGUGAUCACCUUAAGCCUUAAUAUAUUUAUUAAAGUACUUUAUGAAUACUUUAUACUGUGUAGGUUAAAAAUAAGGCUAAAAUGCCAAACUCUCUGUAGUUGUGUAUUAUUUUGGUCUGAAUUCGGAGUCAUCCACUUCCAUAACUUGAAUGUAUUGAAUCCACUCAAAUACUGAAAGAACAUUACAGUUUGUUUUCUUGCUAUUAA